AGCUGAUGGUGUAUGAUGUCACUGUAUGGAUCUACUGGUAAAUGUGAAAUUCAUGCAACAAUGAAGUUAGUUGACCUUUUAAAAGUCAUGGAGCUACUAGGACGUUCUGCUAUUGCAGUGUUUCUUCUCUUCUUGGUUGCAUCUCGGGCUGAUUAUUGUGAAAAACCUCCUUUCAACGCCUAUUUGUACUGCAAUUAUAGUGCAAGCAUAACUGAGAGAGUAAAAGAUUUGCUCAGUCGUCUUACAGUCCUUGAAAAGAUGUCACAAACUGCCACAAACGCAUCUGCCAUCGAAAGACUUGAUAUCCCUGCUUAUGAUUGGUGGUCCGAAUGUCUUCAUGGCCUAGCACAGUCUCCUGGAGUUUUCUUUGAAAACGACCUUACCUCUGCAACUUCAUUUCCUCAAGUUAUUGGACUUGGAGCUACCUUUAACAUGUCUCUAGUAUUGGCAAUGGGUCAAGUAAUAUCAACCGAAGCAAGAGCUUUUGCUAACAAUGGCCAAUCUGGACUGACCUUCUUUGCACCAAACAUUAAUAUAUACAGAGAUCCCCGAUGGGGCAGAGGUCAAGAGACACCAGGAGAAGAUCCUUACCUCACUUCACAAUAUGCUGCUAACUUUGUUAAAGGGAUACAGGAAGGGAGUGAGGACAGGAGAUAUUUGAAGGCAAUUGCUACUUGCAAGCACUAUGCAGCAUACAAUUUGGAGAGAUACUUAGAUGUAAGACGAGUAAACUUCAAUGCAAUCGUAUCUGAUCAAGACCUGGAAGAAACAUACUUACCUGCAUUCAAAGCCUGUGUUCAGGAAGGUCAAGUUGGUAGCAUCAUGUGCAGCUACAAUGCAAUCAAUGGAGUACCUAAUUGUGCCAAUGACUUCAUCAAUAAUAAAAUUGCUCGUGAUACGUGGGGAUUUGAAGGCUACAUUGUUAGUGACUGUGGUGCUAUACUUGAUAUACAGUAUAAACACAACUAUACAUCAGAUACCAACAUAACAGUUGCUGAUGCUCUUAAAGGAGGCUGUGAUCUUAACUGUGGCCACUUUUAUGAAAAGUACAUGGAAGAUGCAUUUGAUAAUAGCACAAUCACUGAAGAGGAUAUUGAUAAAUCACUAACUAGACUAUUCACAUCUAGGAUGAGACUAGGUAUGUUUGAUCCUCCUGAAAUACAGCCAUUUAGACAGUACAGUGUUAAAGAUGUCAAUACUCCUGAAGCUCAGGAUUUGGCAUUAAAUGCAGCAAGGGAGGGGAUUGUCCUACUUCAAAAUAAAGGUAGUGUAUUGCCUUUGGACAUUGUUAAGCACAGCAACAUUGCUGCUAUUGGACCCAAUGCUGAUGCAACACAUAUAAUGCAAGGAAACUAUCAUGGAAUAGCUCCAUAUUUGAUUAGCCCAUUGCAAGGAUUCAGCAAUCUUGGUAUAAAUGCAACUUAUCAGAUUGGCUGUCCUGUUGCAUGCAAUGAUACUGAAGGUUUCCCUGAUGCUGUAAAAGCAGUGCAAGGAGUUGAUGCAGUCAUUGCUGUCAUUGGACUAAACAAUACACAAGAAGGCGAGUCACAUGAUAGGACAAGCAUUGCAUUACCAGGUCAUCAAGAAGAUUUGUUAUUAGAACUGAAAAAGAACGCAGCUAAAGGUACACCUCUUAUUGUGGUUGUUAUGUCAGGAGGAUCUGUGGAUCUUACAGGAGUAAAGGACAUUGCAGAUGCUAUAUUGUGGGCUGGGUAUCCUGGUCAGUCUGGAGGUCAAGCUAUUGCUGAAGUAAUUUAUGGUAAAGUGAAUCCAUCAGGACGACUACCAGUGACCUUUUACCCUGGUUCUUAUAUUGAUUUGGUUGCAUUCCGUCACAUGUCCAUGAGGGAGUAUCCAGGCCGUACAUACAAGUUUUACAAUGACACUCCUGAUUUCUCCUUUGGAGACGGCCUUAGUUAUACCACAUUCUACUUGGAAUGGUCUAAGCCAGUUAAUAUGUCAGGUGUUAGAUCAGUUAGUUACCCCACAGUGGUCUACAAUGUAACAGUGACUAACACUGGUAAAAUGCCUGGGGCAAUCUCUGUUUUGGCUUAUAUCUCAUACAACAAUUCUGGUGCUCCUAAAAAGAAAUUGUUUGGAUUCGAAAAAGUCUUCUUGAAUCCUUUGCAGAGCGUUUCGGUCACAUUCCCGGCUGAUUCUAAAGCAUUCUCAACUGUUGACAAAAGUGGUAAAAGAAGUGUAAAUCCUGGUGACUAUCAUGUCACUAUUGGUGAUCAACUGAUUCAUAAAAUCAGUCUGAUAUGAGGACUCAGUUGCAGUUCCUUCUGACUCAUGAUACUAUGUAGUAUCAUAUAGCAUGUACAUGUACCUCGUAUAAGUUCCUACAAUACAUCAUCAUUAUUAUUAUUAUUAUUAUUAUUAUUAUUAUUAUUAUUAUUAGACUCUUUGCUGCAUCAGUGUGUCUUAUGGAGUAAUCGUUUCAUUUCAGACUCCAUUACUAUUUAUAAUUUAUUAAAAAUAAUUUGCUAUUUUAAUAAAGCAACCAGAA